CGGGUCAAACCUGCGUGAGGGGAGCGAGGCGGCGUGGGGCGGCGUAGCUAUGCAGGAUCCAAAUGAAGAUACUGAAUGGAAUGAUGUAUUGAGAGACUUUGGAAUUCUUCCUCCAAAAGAAAAACCAAAAGAUGAAAUUGAAGAAAUGGUUUUACGCUUGCAGAAAGAAGCAGAAGUGAAACCUUAUGAAAGAAUGAAUCUUAAAGAAUUAAAGGAAGCUGAAGAUGACUUCGAUGAGGCUGAUGUGAAAGCUGUUGAAAUGUACAGGCAGCAACGCUUGCAAGAAUGGAAGCGUCUUCAGUGGAGACAAAAGUAUGGGGAGCUAAGAGAAAUUUGUGGAGAGCAGUAUGUAAAGGAAGUUACAAAUGCUCCAGAAGAUGUUUGGGUUAUAAUUCAUCUUUAUCGAUCAAGCAUCCCCAUGUGUUUACUAGUUAACCAACAUCUUGGCCUGCUAGCCAAAAAAUUUCCAGAAGCCAAGUUUGUCAAAGCCAUUGUGAACAGCUGCAUUCAGAAUUACCAUGACAGAUGUUUACCCGCAAUAUUUGUGUAUAAAACUGGUCAAAUAAAAGGCAGGUUUAUUGGAGUAGCUGAAUGUGGGGGCAUAAAUCUUAAAGUGGAAGAGCUCGAAUGGAAGCUAGCAGAAGUUGGGGCAAUAGAAACUGACUUAGAAGAAAACCCCAAAAAGGACAUUAUGGAUAUGAUGACAUUUUCAAUUCAAAAUCUUUCUGCUCACAAAGACACCAAUACAAAAAGCAGUGAUGUGAUGAAACCAAACAUUACUUAAGCAGAAAUUUUUAAUGCAGAUGAUCUGUUUUGACUGUUUUGACUUAAAUUAGCUCAAACUAACAUAGCUCCUUACUCCUUUUGUAAACCUGAAACAAUACAGGGAGUUCCUGUUUCACUUAUAUGCUUUUGGUUUUGACUUUUGGAAGAAAAUUAAUGUAGUAAAUAAACCCCAAAUUUAGCUUUGGAUAGACAGAGGGGCUCCUAUUGACACUGAGAACCUGGAUUCUCCACUUCAUGCAAACCCUGCUUAAAUGGAAUUGGAAAGGGAUGAUAUUAGCUGGUGGGCUGUAAUCCAUGACUUUUUUCCUGCUUUUCUCCAACAUUCUUGCAAGUUUGAGUUCUUUAAUUAAUUCCCUUGGUGAAAUGAUUGACUGUAGCGGAACUCUGCUCUGCUAACUACUUUCUCAGUUCCUCCCACUGAAAAGCUGGCCCAAGGAGAAUGCUGUGUAAGGUGAUAUAAAAGCAGGAGUUGGCCCUAAAACCAUUAACUAUUUUUUUUCUUUUUUUUAGUUUGACAGUUAUGCAAUAAUCUUCUCCCAUGUCAAGGAUAAUCUUCCCACUAUUUUCUGAUAUGGACAGUUGGGUUGGUUGUUCUUUCCUAACAAAAAUAAGCAUCUAGUUAGUAAAAUAGAUUACAGUACAAUUGUGGAUAAGCAGAAUGAAACUAUGUUAGUGAAUGAAGAGACCAAGCUCCUUAUUCAGCAUUUUUAUUUAUUAUGAAGAGCAAAUCAAAUUGUAUACUAGUAAUGUUAUUUUUCCAGUAACUCAGCUGAAAAAAAAAAAAAAACUAUCUCAAUGUGCUAAUGAAGAUUUAAUUAUAUGCAGUUGACAUGGUUUAUGGCAUUAGGAUGCAGAAACAAAAGUGAAGCAGAAACAGUUCACUUAAUACUUUGCACAUACAUACCUAAGAACAAGCAAAUUAACAUUAGCCAA